CAAGGUAUCCUAUCUACUUAUGUAUGCAUGUCAUUGGUCAGGGCAAUUCGGAUCGUCUGCCUCCACCUUCUUCGAUGUAAACAAUCUGUCAAAUCUCAUCGACGUCCAGCGAUUUGUUUACUUAAAGGGAGACACGUAUUUUAGGAGGUACCAGAAGAAUUGGAUGUCUUGAACCUAUGUAGAUGAGAACAGUGAGAAGGGCAGGAGAGCCACUGGAGAGAUGGUGCACCGGAAAAUUCAAGAACUGAAGAUGGAACCAAAUCGUCACCCUUUAGCAGAUGGUUCAAAGACUGGCAUAUGAGUAGCCAAAGACUUACAGUUGAGCCAUUUAUUCAGAAUUUUGUAUUUAAUGUGUCCACUUCAUCUAAAGAUGAUGUCCAGUUAAUUGUCUCAGCCAAUAUUCUGCGAUAUGUUCAUGUUGGGGGUGUGUUAUGCAUCUUUUAGAUUCAAAUACUUAAUCUGAGAUACAGUAUUUAAUUUCAUGACUUAAGUAACUAUCCAUUCUUUGGAUGUAUUAUUUUUAAAAGUUCAAGGUAAUCAUCCUUCAGUAUUAGAAUGUACGGCUAUAUUUUUUUAUGAAGCUAUACGUUUUAUAAGCUAGACAUAUUUUCCUCUUGUUUUUUGACAUUUUGUCUUUCUGCGAAAAACUUUGCACUUUUGAUAAGUAGUGCUGGCAUAAUGAAGAACACUGGAUAAUCACCAUUGUUUAUGUUUAGUGGUUAUCAGUGGUACAGUUGCUUGUUGGGGAUUUAUGUAUGAACAAAGAAUGGUUUUGCAAUAAUUCGUAACGUAUCUUGUCAUAUUUGGCAUGUUUAAUAAUUAAGCUUGUACUUGUUGAUGUUAUUCAAAGUGUAAUUUGUUCAUCUGUUUAUGUACAGGUUGAUCUAGUGGAGACUUAUUUCUUGUGAAAAAGGUUCUUUAUUUCUUCAUUUUGAAAUGGAUAUCUUCAUCAUUAUAAGAUGUUUUUAAGUUUCAUGAAGUAUUUAACAAAUUUUAAAAUAUCACAAACAGUACAUAUUUGCUAGGACAGGGAUGUAUGACAAUAAGUAUUAACUUUGUUUUCGUUGUAUGAUGAGCAUAAUAUUGUCUAACUGUUAAUGUUUGGUAAGAGUACCCUUUAAAUGCAGCUGCUGUGCAAUUCGUAUUGACUUUGAAGAUGCUGGCAUUACAACAAAUAGAAGAAACCACAAAAAUGCUGGGAUUGCAUCAAGAAAAAGAGACCACAAAGAUACUGAGAUUGCAUCCAGUAGAAGAUACCUCUAAGAUGCUUGCAUUACAUCCAAUAGAAGAGUUUGUGUGCACUUUAUGUGGAAAAAUAUAUACAAAAAAAGGUAAUCUUAAUAGACAUAUGGCAACUCACGUUGGAGUGGAAGUAUUCCAUUGUACAGAAUGUAAGAAGAUAUUUACCCAGAGUGAAGAACUUGAUUUGCAUAUGAGAACUCAUGCAGGAGAAAAGCCGUUCAUUUGCACAGAGUGUGGUAUUGGAUUCAAUCAACAGCCGCAUCUCAUUAGACAUAUGAGAAUUCAUACAGGGGACAAACCAUUUGCGUGUGAUAUUUGCGAGAAACGGUUUACUCGAAAAGUACAUCUUAUAGCACAUUUCAGGACUCAUACCGGUGAAAAGCCCUUUACGUGUACAGAAUGCCAUAAAAACUUUGUUAGGAAAGAGAAUUUAAAACUACACAUGAAAAUACAUACUGGCGAUGAUUUAUUUUACUGCAAAGAAUGCAAUAGAGGUUUCAAUCAAAAAAUUCAUCUUAUGGAGCAUAUGAGAGUUCAUUCAGAAGAAAAACCAUUUAUAUGUCAGGAGUGUGGAAAAGGAUUCAAGUGGAAGGGGAAUCUUGAGGUGCAUUUGAAAGGUCACUCGGGUGAAAAGCCCUUCACUUGUACAGUGUGUGAGAAAGUGUUUUGCCAAAAGUGCGAUCUGAAAGUGCAUAUGAGGACUCACACAGGAGACAAGCCAUAUGCAUGCGUAGAAUGUGGCAAAUACUUCAGUCGAAAAGGAAACCUUAAUGUUCACAUGAGAAUUCAUGCAGGUGAGAAACCAUACUCGUGUAAAGAAUGUGGUAGAAAAUUUACUCAAAAAGGUGACGUUAAAGUGCACAUGAGAAAGCACACUGGAGAAAGACCAUUUUUGUGCGAGUUAUGUGGGAAAUCGUACAGCAAAAGAAAUAUUCUUCGUAUGCACAUGAAAAAGCACAGAGGUCAGGAAAUGUGUUUUGUCAAAGACUCGAUUGUGAUUGGAGAGCCUCAGAACAACUUUGAAAUGAUUUUUAAAGAGGAGGAUGAUCCGUUCAUACCCAAAGCAAGUGAAGGGGAAUCUUUUGAGAAGGAUCCUUUAAGCUCAGAGACAGCACCCAUCCCCAAACUGAAGAAUGACUCUCAAAGUGAGAACGAAGUUGUAUCUUCGGAAAUUGGUCCUGUUUUUGUUAAGUGUGAAGAUGCUUCCUCAUUUUCAUAUGAAAGAGACAUAAAACCCAAAAAGUCUGAGUUACUGGAUGGAAAAUUUUCAGAUCCAGUAUCUACUUGAAGUGCAGUGUUCCUAAAUAAGUACAAACCUUGUGUGCUUUUGUCUGCCAAAGAUUAAGAAAUUAAAGUACUGUUCAGAAAUAACUAAAAUAAGUAAACUUGGUAUUAGCAUUUGUAUUUGGUGAUGUUAAGCUACUCUUGGGGGUUAUCUGCCUCAGUCUCUCUGCUAUUACUUCAAUGUUUUGCUAAUUUCCGAUAUGAGAAAGAUUAUAUUCAGUUACUUAGUGUU